UUCCGGGUGGGUGUUUAAGAAAUUAGGAAGUUAAUUUAAUUUUAGUUGUUAGUUUCACCUGGAAACGUAAUUAAUCUCGAAAUUAGUGAUCCGGAUCGUUCUAGAAUUUAUUUAGAAUUUUAAAUAAUUUCUAACACCUGAAAGCAAACGAUCAUGGCUAAUCGUCUUCCUGCUGUUGUUAUUGAUAACGGAACCGGCUACUCUAAAUUGGGAUAUGCCGGAAAUACGGAGCCUCAGUUCAUAAUUCCGUCGUGCAUUGCGAUUAAAGAGACGGCCAAAGUUGGAGACCAGGCUAGUCGUCGACUAGGGAAAGGUGUGGAAGAUCUGGACUUCUACAUUGGAGAUGAGGCUAUGGAAGCAACUAAUUAUGCUACAAAAUGGCCAAUUAGGCAUGGAAUAGUUGAAGAUUGGGAUCUGAUGGAGAGAUUCAUGGAGCAGGCUAUUUUUAAAUAUUUAAAAGCAGAACCCGAAGAUCAUUACUUCCUGCUGACCGAGCCCCCGCUGAAUACUCCUGAGAAUCGAGAGUACACAGCCGAAAUAAUGUUUGAAUCAUUCAAUGUCCCUGGAUUAUAUAUAGCCGUACAGGCUGUGUUAGCUCUCUCGGCAUCGUGGACUUCGAAGUUGUCAUCUGAACGUACUCUGACUGGAACGGUAAUUGAUUCUGGAGAUGGUGUCACUCACGUCAUUCCAGUUGCUGAGGGCUACGUGAUUGGCAGCUGCAUCAAGCACAUACCCAUUGCUGGCAGGGAUAUAACAUUUUUCAUACAACAGCUGCUCAGAGAGAGGGAGAGUAACAUUCCACCAGAACAAUCUAUGGAGACAGCGAAAGCCAUCAAGGAAAGAUUUUCCUAUGUAUGUCCUGACAUUGUGAAAGAAUUUGCCAAGUAUGACAGUGAGAUGAGCAAAUGGAUCAAGCAGUAUGAUGGGGUCAACUCGAUCACCAAGCAACCUUUCUCAGUUGAAGUCGGCUACGAGAGAUUCCUCGGCCCUGAAGUUUUUUUUCACCCUGAGUUCACUAACCCCGACUUCACAGUUCCUAUUUCUGAAACGGUUGAUGAGGUCAUCCAGAAUUGCCCAAUAGAUGUCAGGAGAUCUCUCUACAAGAAUGUAGUGCUGUCGGGUGGGUCCACCAUGUUUAAAGAUUUUGGUCGCAGACUGCAGAGAGAUCUCAAAAGGAUAGUCGAGAACAGGCUGAAGAUCAGCGAGGAACUCAGCGGAGGCACCUUAAAGCCUAAGCCAAUUGAGAUUCAAGUGAUAACACACAACAUGCAGAGAUAUGCCGUCUGGUUUGGUGGAAGUAUGUUGGCCUCCACUCCUGAGUUCUACAGGGUUUGCCACACGAAAGCUGACUAUGACGAAUACGGUCCAUCCAUUUGUAGGCACAACCCUGUUUUUGGGGCUAUGUCCUAAUCUGGCCUGCCUGCCUGCCUAACUCAAUGUAUGUACUUAGAUUCCCAAGACCCACUACUUCUACCGCCAUUUAUAAUUAUAUUAUCAUUAAUUAUUAUAAAUAUGUCAUGUAAAAUUUGUUAUUUGCUAGUAUAUAAAAUUGUAUACAUGUGCGUGUGUGUGUGCGUGUUUAUAAUUAAUAAUUACAAGAGGCCUGAUGAGGAUUUUGUUUUGAAAUCAUUAUCUUUAUUAAUUAUUUAUUGUUAUUUUUUAUUAUAAUUAAAGAAAUAACUUUCAAAUAAGCUUGAUGUUUAUAUUCUGUGUGCACAAGGUGGCUUUUAUGCACACACAGUAAUUCAGAUACAUACAUAUUAUUAUACAUACGAAUACAGACAGACACGUACAUGAGAGAAUUUUGUUUGUUAUUGUUACAUAAUUUUAUUAUUUUUAGUUAUUUCUCCAUUCUCCUAAACCUUUUGUUGUUGAAAUAAAAUGACAAUUAUCCAUUAAAGUAGUAAUAGUGAUGAUGAUAAAUAAUGGUGGAUUAUUGGUUCAUUUGUAAUUCUUCAAACGAAUGAAAGGAUAAAAAAUCAACCAACGCAACAGUUCGUUCUGAACAAAAAUUUGUUAUUUCUCAAAUUCCCACCUGUUUUAGUCGAUCAACUCACGCUGGUUGCCAAUCCUACCCAAAAAAUAGACUAAAAUACAAUUUUCCAGCCAGGGCUGGUGCAAAGUU